GCAAGCACCAAAUUCGAAAGGGUUGGCGGGGGGGCAAUAUUUUCAAGUUCUUCAAGUUGAGAUAUUUCAGAACGAACAUGCAUGGCAAUGAUGUGGCAGCCAAAAUAUAAAGUGUUGGACAUAUAACUUUUAAAGAAAAGCAUGUGAAAACAAUAAACCUUAUUCUACAAUAAAUUAAUUGCAGCCACAUAACUUUGCUUCCCUCAUAAUAACUUUUUGAUGGUUUAGGUUCAUACGAAUUGGAAAAUGUUUUCUUUCAAUGUUGAAUUAAUUUUCAAGAUAUAUUUACUUUUAUUUGUUUGUAAUUUUACUGACAAUGCUACUGCAUCAGCAAAUUGUCGCCCAGCAGAAUACAGUACAGAAGAGGGCUGUUGUCCAACCUGUCCACCAGGAAUGUAUGUUAGUAGACAUUGCAAUCAAUCCAGGAGUACAUCAUGUGCAUCUUGCAAGGAAGGUACUUUCCAAGAUGGCGACAAUGGGCGUGAACAAUGCUUUUCAUGUCAACAUUGUGAUGCAGGUCUCGGUCUGAAGGUGAAGAAGUCGUGUUCAUCAACAUCAGAUGCUGUGUGUGGGGUCCUGGAUGGAUUCUUCUGUAGUGACUCUAACGGAGGUGGAUGUAGGGCCGCUCAGACACACACGGUUUGCAGUCCUGGUCAAUACAUCGAUCAAACAGGAACAGCAGAUAAAGACAUAGAGUGCCUUCACUGUACUGAUGGAACAUUCUCAAAUGGCACAUCAUCGUCUUGUCAGAACCACACAAAAUGUGAAUCUGUGGGACUGAAACUGAUGAAACCAGGAACUGAUUCAACUGAUUCUGAAUGUGGAGAACAUGGUCCACACAGAGGACUAGAGAGAAGACAUGUGACAGGAAUAAUGCCAGGAGUCAUACUGGUAAUGGCUUUAAUGGCUUUAAUCAUAGCCAUUAUUCACAGGAAGGAUAAAAAGAGCGCUGAAAGUACGAGGCAAAACAUUGUGCUUCCACCGAACCCACUGCACAAUGGUACCAGAACCACAUCGGUCCCAGACAGAAAUCCAACAACCCCUCCAGGAAAUUGCCGCCUCUGAGGACCCUCCUCCUACCAACGUUUCACCGACCCUGGUUUCCGAUCUAGAGUCACCCCUUUAACACCAUCAAAGCUGAGUAUAACACAUAUAAACCAACAAUGACUUGGAAUCACUUUUGCGUACGGUGAAUCACACAAUUCACCAUACCUAGAGAUUGGCAUGGUUCUUUACAGUUAGCCUAAUAGCUGUUAGUUAGCCUAAUGAUUUCUCAAUGCAAAUCAAACCAGCUAAUAGGCUAACUGAAAUAAAACCAUGCUCAUUUCUAGGUAUGGUGAAGGGUACGUGGUGAUGUGGGGCUAUUUUAAUUCCAAAGGCCUAGGGGUCUUCAUCAGGAUGCUUAGUAUCCUGGAUCCAUGAAAUAACUGGCUUUUAAAAAUAAAAGUCUGCCUGCCUCUAUGGAAAUUUAACAUAGGGGUGUCUAUACUUACCCACCCUGUAUUUUAAUGGAGAACAUCUAUUUAUAUACAAUACAUUAUUCAUUCACAAAGCAAUUUUUUUUCCUUAAAGGUUGGAUUUUUCCUCAUUCGUUUAAUUGAGGCAUUAAGAUCAAUUUCCGAAAGAUUAAUUUUUAUUCCUCUUUUUAGUCGAGUUUAGCAUGGGUGUCUUAACUUAUGCCUACCACUGUAUGUUCCCCAACCCUGAUGCUGUGCCCAUUGUGUAUGAUAACCCCCAGGACGGUGACCUAGAGGAGGACGUGGACGCGGCGGACACAUCCUCACAGACUCCCACUACAGCGGAUCCCUCCUAUCAGAGCCACGGAGUGAAGUCCACGGAGCGCGGGGGGUUCACCUCUAGGGUGCGCUCAGUCGUGGUCAUGGUGUAGCAAAGAGAACUCCACGGCCGUUUAGAGGAGGUGAUCCAGCCACCAGGACGCCAGACACCAGUCAAAGAAUCAAUGUUUGUCAAAGGCCUUCUAAAAGUUCUGUCAUUGCUGACCUAGCAAUUCAUGUGCAGUUUGUUUACAUCACGUUAUGUGAGUCUUUCAGCCUCAAAGGGGGAAUGAUGUAAAUUGUUUUAGUCUUUGCUAUUCCUGAUGACAUGUUUCAAGGGUCAGACUGCAAACAUUGGCCAUUUCCGCUAAAGCCAAGAAAUACCAAAGGUUUACCUGCACUGUAAAACCUGACAAGUUAGUUCAACUUAAACUAUUUGAGGAAACCGAUUGCCUUGAACUAUUUAAGUUUACUAACUCAAAUAAAUUAAGUACCAGCAAUUAUUUUAUGUAAGUAAAGAUAACUCUUAUAUCUAGAGUUAUUGUGACAUGUGUAUUAUGAGUUAGCAUUACUAAUUCCAUUUACUGAAGUGAAAUGUAAAGAAUGAGCUUUUUACACUUAAAUGCAGCAAUUCAUUCAACGUAUAUAACAUGUGUUCAUUAAAUGUAUGUGAAUUAAGUAAUACUAA